UGCCGUCAAUUCCCAGAACUGAAGAAGAACUCUGAUGAACAAGAUAAUGAGUGAUAACAUAUCCGAGAUCGAGAAACUAGAGUUACUUCACAAAUCGCAGGUCUUCAAGAUCAGAGGCAGAGACAAGCAAGGCCGCAAGAUCCUUCGCAUCAUCGGCAAGUUUUUCCCUGCUCGGCUGGUGAGCGUUGACCUUCUAAGAAGGUAUUUAGAGGAGAGGAUUUUCCCGAAACUGGAGAAGAAGAAAUUCUCGGUGUUAUAUGUUCAUACCGGCGUUCAGCGGAGCGAGAAUUUUCCAGGAAUAUCGGCCUUGAGAUCAAUCUACGAUGCGAUUCCGUUGAAUGCAAAGGAAAAUUUGGAGGCCGUGUAUUUUGUGCACCCAGGCCUCCAGGCGCGGCUUUUCCUCGCCACGUUUGGCCGUUUUCUCUUCAAUGCUGGGUUGUACGGGAAGGUAAGGUACGUGAGCAGGCUGGCCUAUCUGUGGGAAAAUGUCAAGAGGAAUGAGGUGGAAAUACCAGAGUUUGUGUACGAUCACGAUGAAGACUUGGAAUAUAGGCCCCUGAUGGAUUAUGGAUUGGAGAGCGAUCACGCCAGGGUGUGCCAUCCAUCGUCCAUUGAAUCCCCUAUCUCCACCUACUCCAUGAGGUGCAUCUCAUAGGAUCAUUCCCCCUUCCCACUCUUUG